AUGACCUUAUCAAUAUCAAAAUGCUGUAAUAAGAGAGAGAAGCCAAUUCUUAGCUAUCUUCAAUUGUUUUGCCUUCUUCAUUCAUAAACAUGACCAAAGAGUUUCUACAACCAAAGAGAGAAGUAGUGCUUGUUGAAGACAAGGAGAAGGUUUUAAACAGGCUUUCCAUGAGGAUGAUGGAUCAGCCAGAGCUCUCCCUAGGUCCGUCGGUAACAACAGAUACCAACGCAAAUCUUUGUAGGAAGAGGAAGCACACUUGGGAUGAGUCCAUGAGUACUCAAACUAGUAUUGAGCUCCAUCGCAGCGACCCCUUGCCCAUGGAUUGGGAGCAGUGCCUAGACUUACAAUCAGGGAGGAUGUACUACUUGAAUAGGAAAACCUUGAAGAAAAGUUGGGUGAGACCAAGGGAGCAAAAGAUAGACUUGGAUCUCAACAUGUCGACAAUCCCAAGCUCAGAAGUGAAGUCUAUAGUCAGCUCUAAUUCUACUACUGCUGCUACCCAUGAGCAGUAUCCAAACAACUACACCAAUUCAAAGAGUAGCAUGGUUGCAGUUGCUUGCCUAAAUUGCCACCUCCUUGUCAUGCUCUCAAGGUCGUCGCCGUCAUGCCCAAACUGCAAGUAUGUUCACUCGUUGGCCCCUUCACAACCUCAAAAUAGCGAGGCUGUCAAGUCUUUGGAGACUCUAAGCCUACUUCGUUAGACUCAGGAGAAGAUAACAGAAGGUCUAGUAGAAAAUAAUAAUAGUUUGUUGAUACCAUGUAACUCAAAUCAUAUAAUGUUUAGGAACAUGCAUGAUCAUGAACUUUGUACCGUUA